AGUGCAGGAGUAAACGGCAGCUAGGUCAGGGGGCGGAGACAGUGGCAGGAGCAGGAGACCCUGGAGGAGUGGACGGAGCUGGGCAGCCCCCUGGGGCCCCACUUUCCCUCGCACACCCUCCCUUUCUGCCUCUGGCCUGUAUCUGUUGGAGGCGGGCUGGACUGGACGCAAGUGCUUGCUGCCUGUUUACAGGUGUGACCCCACAUCCCUGCCCCCUGGGCCACCUGCAGGACGCUGGCCCCUACCCCUCAGCAGACGCCGGAAAGAGAUGAGUAGCAACAAAGAGCAGCGGUCAGCGGUGUUCCUGAUCCUCUUUGCCCUCAUCACCAUCCUCAUCCUCUACAGCUCCAACAGUGCCAAUGAGGUCUUCCAUUACGGGUCCUUGCGGGGCCGCACGCGCCGGCCCAUCAACCUCAAAAAGUGGAGCCUCACCCACGGCUACAUCCCUAUUCUCGGCAACAAGACACUGCCCUCCCGGUGCCACCAGUGUGUGAUUGUCACCAGCUCCAGCCACCUGCUGGGCACCAAACUGGGCCCCGAAAUUGAGCGGGCGGAGUGCACCAUCCGCAUGAACGACGCGCCCACCACCGGCUACUCGGCCGAUGUGGGCAACAAGACCACCUUCCGCGUGGUGGCCCAUUCCAGUGUGUUCCGUGUGCUGCGGAGGCCCCAGGAGUUUGUCAACCGGACCCCCGAAACUGUGUUCAUCUUCUGGGGCCCUCCGAGCAAGAUGCAGAAGCCCCAGGGCAGCCUCGUGCGCGUCAUCCAGCGGGCAGGCCUGGCCUUCCCCACCAUGGAGGCCUACGCCGUCUCUCCCGCCCGCAUGCAGCAGUUCGACGACCUCUUCCGGGGUGAGACGGGCAAGGACAGGGAAAAGUCCCAUUCGUGGCUGAGCACAGGCUGGUUUACCAUGGUGAUUGCGGUGGAGCUGUGUGACCACGUGCACGUCUAUGGCAUGGUCCCCCCUGACUACUGCAGCGGCCCCGCCUGCAGCGCAUGCCCUACCACUACUACGAGCCCAAGGGGCCCGACGAAUGUGUCACCUACAUCCAGAAUGAGCACAGCCGCAAGGGGAACCACCACCGCUUCAUCACGGAGAAGAGGGUCUUCUCGUCCUGGGCCCAGCUGUAUGGCAUCACCUUCUCCCACCCGUCCUGGACCUAGGCCACCCGUCUGUGGGGCACCCAAGGGGCUCAGGAGAAGUGGGUCUGGGCCCAGCCACUCUACCGUGGGCCAUCUGCUGACCGGCCAAGGCUGCUGGAGUGUCUUCUGGCCAAUCAGGGCCUUGAUGAGGGUGAACCCUCUGGCAGUCAGAGGUCCCGGGGCAUCGGUCAAUCAGGGAUUUGGGAUUCUUUGUGAUUUAUCAGGCUGUCAGGGGAAUCUGUCUUGUCCAGUCAGGGUCUGAGCGUAGUCAAUCAGGGUCUAGGGGUUUUUCUGAGUCAGUCUGAGGCUAAGGACUUGUCCUUUCCCAUGAGGCCUUGGUUCAGAGCCCCAGGAAUGGGCCCCAAAUCACUCCCUUCUGGGAUGUUGGGGUCCUGUCCCAAGGAGCUGUGAACGUACCGUUGCCCCCUCAGUUCUCAGCAUCAGGAAGGGAGAUCGUGUGGGGGUAAGAGCUGUCUGGAGGCUGGGUCAGCAAAUUCGUGGGUUUAUGGAAGUUAUUGGGAGGCCCAUGAGGUGGGAGGCUGGGGUCCAGGCCACGCUUUCCCUGAGUGGCCUUGGACCAGCCCCCCCACUCUCUGGGCACCUCUCCCCAUCCAGGUUCUCCUAUGGGACCUGAGACCCUCCCACUCCCCCGCUGCUACCCUGUUCUCAGGAGACGGGGUCCCCCAGCUGCUGUCCCUCACUGGGGGGCUGGGGCCAGGGGGCAGGAGCGGUUUUCCCCACCUCCUCCUGGAAAACUUAGGGUAUUUUUGCGAGAACUCCCCCGGGGAGGGAGGACUGUGGAGAGAGUGGGACCCACCCCGUGGUCCCGGCCCUCAGCGGCCCUCAGUGGCUUGGCUUCCUUUCCUACCCUCUCAGGGGAGAGGCCUCCACCUGUCAGAGGAGCCUUCGGGGCUGCGAAUGGGGGAUCCCAGCCGCACGGGGGCUCAUGCGGCCUUUGUUUGGAGAUGCCAGGGGCUUCCCACGCUCUCCCCCAGGCCGGGCCUGGGUGGCUGGGGGAGCCAGGAGCCGUCCCAGCUGGGGCUAGCUCCUCACUUGGGCACUUUAUGAAGCGGGUGCUGGCGGGGCGCGUUUUCUCCCUGUUCUUCCGGAGCCCAGAGGGGAAGGACUUCCAGGAAGAGGCUGUGGAGCUGGGGGCUCCUGGAGGCCAGCUGCUGGCCAUUGCACACAGGGGUGAGGGGGGCGGUGCCAGCCCCAGGCCUGGUUUUGUAAUGAUUUGUAAAGGAAUAAACACCUAAGCUCCA